AAAGUUGUAAAUCCUGGUACUCCUCUGGAUAUUGCUUUAGACAAAUAUUUGUAUGGGGUGGAACCUGCCUAACCUCUGCUACAAGAUUCUUGUGCCUCAAAGGUCAAGGUCCACAGCUACAACAGUUGCCUAACUAUAAGUAAAUGUUACUUCUGAUCAGCGAGCAAUAAACUAACCUGGAUUACAGGACUGGGCACAAAUGGAGACCAGCGAGAUAAGUUCCUAUAAGUUUCUCUUUCAGAUCAUGGAGGCAUUGCUUCAUCACACAUCAUCACAAAAGAAAGAAAAUAAAACUAGUUAGAAGAUCAUGGCAAGUUCAGACUGGGGAUAUGAUGGCAAAAAUGGUCCUGAGCAAUGGAGCAAGCUGUAUCCCAUAGCCAAUGGAAAUAACCAGUCUCCUAUUGAUAUCAAAACUCAUGAAGUCAAACAUGAUACCUCUCUGAAACCUAUCAGUAUCUCCUACAAUCCAGCCAAUGCCAAAGAAAUUGUCAACGUGGGACAUUCCUUCCAUGUAGUUUUUGAUGAGAAUAAUAACCAAUCAGUGCUGAAAGGUGGUCCUCUCUCUGAAGGUUAUAAGCUUGCUCAGUUCCAUUUCCACUGGGGAAGUACAAACGACAGUGGUUCUGAGCACACAGUGGAUGGAGUCAAAUAUUCUGGAGAGCUUCACCUAGUUCACUGGAAUUCUGGGAAGUACCCCAGCAUUGCUGAUGCCAUCUCCAAGUCUGAUGGCUUGGCCAUUAUUGGUGUCUUGAUGAAGGUUGGUCAGGCCAAUCCAAACCUGCAGAAAAUACUUGAUGCCAUAAAUGCAGUGAAAACUAAGGGCAAACGAGCCCCUUUCACAAAUUUUGACCCCUCCACUCUCCUUCCUGCAUCCCUGGACUACUGGACCUAUGCCGGCUCUCUGACUCAUCCUCCUCUUCACGAGAGUGUUACCUGGUUCAUUUGCAAGGACAGCAUCAGUGUCAGCCCAGAACAGCUGUCACAGUUCCGCAGUCUUCUUUCAAAUGCAGAAGGUGAGACUGCUGUCCCCAUACUGCACAACAACCGACCACCCCAGCCUCUGAAGGGCAGAACAGUGAAAGCCUCAUUCUGAUGGGUCUGAGAAAGACCUUAUCCUCCCCCAAGAGCACAGCCCUGCUUCUGACAUCCAGUAAAAUGAUCACUUCAAACAACAAAUGUCUUUCAUUUAGCAAGAUAGCAUAACUGCAAAUUUAAUCUGCAAAACUAAAAAACAUUCAUUUCGCUUUUUGGUAGUAAUCUGUAAUAAUCUAUAAACUCAAAUAGUAAUCUGUAAGUACACAUUUAUGCUUAAAUUUGAGUUUAUUUUGUGAAAUUCUUUAUAAUUGCAAUUAAGUGAUUGUAUCUCCUAUUUUUUCAUUUUAAUUGAACUAAUAAAAUAGUUUUAUCUCUUCUUAUCUAUUGUGCAUUC